GGUAGCUUUCUGGCUUUCAAAUUAAAAGAUGAUUAGUGGCUUCACAAGUUGAUGCUCCCUGGGAUUCUCGGACACACAAAAUAAUACAAGUUGUGUCGCUGCCGAACACACUCGCAUGCUCCUUGUGCUUUUUAUCCUCCACGUGUCGAGAGAUCGAUUGAAAUGUGCAACGAGGCAAUGUUUUAUUUUGAAGGCAUGACUGGAUGUUGCAGGUUAGCCAUGCAAAAAGUGUGCGAGUAAGGAAGGGCCGAGUCUUCACAUCACAUCUGAGCCUGGCAAGGGGAGGAAACCUGUUGAGUUUCUCUCGAGUACAUGUGUCUUCAUUUCUAAUCUUCCAAAAACUUUCCUCCUUUUCGAGGAUGGAGAAGUACGAGAAGAUCGGCAAGAUCGGUGAGGGAUCGUAUGGCGUUGUCUUCAAGUGUCGGAACAGAGACUCGGGCCAGAUUGUGGCCAUCAAGAAAUUUGUGGAGUCUGAGGACGAUCCCAUGAUCAGGAAGAUCGCACUGAGGGAGAUCAGGAUGCUUAAGCAACUCAAACACGCCAACCUGGUCAAUCUCAUCGAGGUGUUCCGACGCAAGAGGAAGCUUCACCUGGUGUUCGAGUACUGCGACCACACCGUUCUCCACGAGUUGGACCGACACCCCCGAGGCGUCCCCGAGCACCUGGUGAAGAGCAUCACCUGGCAGACGCUCCAAGCCGUCAACUUUUGCCACAAACACAACUGUAUCCACAGAGACGUGAAGCCGGAGAACAUUCUCAUCACCAAACAGCAGGUCAUCAAGCUGUGCGACUUCGGCUUCGCCCGGAUUCUCACCGGGCCGUGCGACUACUACACCGACUACGUGGCCACCCGCUGGUACCGGGCCCCCGAGCUGCUGGUGGGCGACACGCAGUACGGCCCCCCCGUGGACGUGUGGGCCAUCGGCUGCGUCUUCGCCGAGCUGCUGACCGGGGUCCCUCUGUGGCCCGGAAAGUCCGACAUGGACCAGUUGUACCUGAUCCGCAAGACCCUGGGAGACCUGAUCUCUCGACACCAGCAGGUUUUCAGCAGCAAUCAGUUUUUCAGCGGCCUCGCCAUCCCUGAACCACCAGAGAUGGAAUCUUUUGAGCUGAAAUAUCCAAACCAGUCACAUCAAACUCUGAGUCUCCUGAAGGCGUGUCUGCGAAUGAAUCCGUCGGAACGUCUUACGUGCGAGCAGCUGCUGCAGCAUCCUUACUUCGACAGCCUGCGGGGGAAGAGCCAUGGCGGGCGGGAGCACGAUCGCUACGGCAACAGGAGGACGCGCUUGCCACGCAAAAACCUCCCGGCUGGGUGUUUGCCUCAGCUGACGGGCAGCAGCAUCUUCCCGGCGUUGGACACCAAGAAGUACUACCACAACCUGCGCAAGUUCAACUACCACCUUCCCAACAUUUAAGGUCUGUAACUUCCCAGACCCUGCGCCACGUCCACCAGCAGGACAAACACUCAGGAACCAAACGAAGCUAAGCUGCAUCGGGUAGCGUCUCUCAAAAGCGUCACACUCGGGGGAAAAAAGAAAAAAAAUGACAUGGAAGGUUUCUCCUUCUGUAUUGCGACGGACUCUGUAGGACUGGACUACGACAGGAAAUAUUUAUUGACAUGAAUGAUUAUGGCGUUGGUGCUACGGAUGUUUACAAACGCCAAAUUCAUUUGAAAAAAAAAACAAAACACACCAAGUAAAUAAUAUGACGAUUGUUGAUGAUGAAUAAAAUGGUGUCAACAAAAAUAAAGGGCAGAUUUCAAUUCUAUAUUUGAGGAAGCACUUCUCUUGUCUUCAGUCCAGGCGCAAGUCCAGACGCGGCAGCGCCGUCUUGAGCCGGUUUGCCGUGGUUUCUUUAUCUUUGAGGCCGGGCAGGUCGCUGAGGAACAGAUACUCCAGAUUCCUGUGCACACAAACG